AUGGAAAAAAGAAAAAGCAGCUACGAACUAAACUGCAAAAAUUGUGGAGGAAGUAACCAUAACUCUAGAAUUUGUAAUAAAAGUAGCCGAAGAAGAACUCCAUCCAGAGAGGGAUCAAGAGAAAGAAAAAGACAUCGACCAUAUUCUCCAGAACGAAACUGGGAAGUAAAGAAAACAGAAAAAGAAGAAUUAAUACCAACCGAAAAUAUACAAAGUAUAAAAUUUGCACCUUCAAUAUUAAAAGAAGGACAAGGACAGAGAAUAGUCUUUGACAGCAUAUUAAGAACAAAACCAUAUUUAACGGCCGAAGUACAGAUCUUACAGAAUACGAAAAAAGAAGAAAAGGUUGAAAACCUAAUACAGAAUUAUUAUAUAUACUACCAGAAAAUAACAGAACAAGAAUUAAAUGGAUUUCAGACGGGACCUGAAGCACGCGAUUUGAAACGAAUAUAUAAUGAAAUAUAUUUAAGAAAAAUACUUGGAGAAUACGGAACUAAGGAGUUCCAUUGCUGCAAGUGUAAAGGGUUAAUGGAUAUACAUGAACUAAGAAAUUGUAAACGAGAAGGCGAAGAUCCGAGAAUCACAUAUGCAUGUGAAGUAUGCGAAAAUGGUAAGGAAACAUGGUAUGAUAUAAACAAGUGGGAAAUAGUAAGACAUGUACAAAAAAUGGGAAUAAAAAAUAACUGGAGUUGGAAGUGUGGGUGUAAUCCAAGAAGUAUUGAAACCCACUUCGGAGGAAAUGAAAGGACAACUCGGCAACACUGUUGCAAAUGUAAAACAAUCGCAAAAGAAGAUAAAUUAACUUUCAGGUUAUGUGGAAAAGCAAAAUUCCAAACUUGUGAAGACAGUGAGAAUGAAGAAAAAUUAGAAUUAGGAGAAGAAAUACCUGAAGAAUGGGAACGACAAAAGGUAGUGAUAUGUGACGUUUGUCAAGGGAAAUUCCCAAGAAGAAGAAAACAGGGAGGAUACAGUCAUGAAAAAAAUAUAUGUGAUUUAGAAUGCCAAGUAGCAUUGGCAGCAGCAACAGAAGCAGUACGAUAUACUGAAAUACGGGAAGAAGUACGAAGAAGAACCGAGGGAACGGGGAAACGAUUUAGAAAUACGAGAGAAUAUAGUAAUAACAAGACUGGAAUAGUAAGACUGGCGGGACUAUAUUUCAGAAAAUAUAGGGAAGGAGAACUUAUAACAGACGAACAACUAAGACAAGCAAAAGAACCACGGGAAGAGGAUGAAUGGACUCACACAGGAAGAGGAUGGACACUAGAGGAAGAAAUAAGAUUAAAUAAUAUAAUGAGACAAAUGGAUGAAUCGGAACCAACGGAAGAGUUUACUCAAGAAAUGGAACAAAUGGAAAGAAUAAUAGAAGAAACAUUCCAUUACGAGGGAGAAAGAAAAAAAUUUAAAAUGGACAUAAAAAUGGGAUUUUGUAAAGAAUGCUUAAUGCCGCGAAACGAAGGAAAGGAAUAUUGUGAAGACUGCGAAAUAGAAUACCAAGAACAAGAAAAAGGAAAGGGAAAAGAAAAGGCAACGUAUGCCGAAGUAGUAAAAGGACAACAAAUAGACAAAGAAAUAGAAAAACAAGAAGAAUGGAAUGAACAAAAUGAAGCCGAGGGAUCAAAAAGAAUAUUAUGGGCUGAUGAAAAAAAAAUCGAAAUUGAACAAAAAGAAUUAAUAAUAAAAGAAAAAGAAAAAGAAAUUGAAAGAUUAAACGCACAACUAAAACAACAAAAACGAAUAACGGAAGCACAAAAAGACAUAAUAAGAAGAGAACGGUUAGAAUCAGUAUGGGAAAAAAAAAUAAGGGCGUUAAUAGAUAGUGGAGCGAGUGACUCCUUUGUAUCAGAAAAACUCGUGGAAGAAAUGCGAAUACCAGUAUUAAUCAAAGAAGAAAAUGUGCUGGUAGGAGGAGACAAUAAACUUGUAAUAAUCGGAACAGCAAUUAUAGAAGGGGAAAUAAAAGAAUAUACCUAUCAUGAAGAAAGAAAAGAAGUAGGAGUAAACCGACACUGGAAAACAGAAAAAGAAGUCGGACAAAAUAUAGAACAAAUAUUCUUUGAAGACAAAACACGAAAAAAGGGACAGGAAGAAGAGAAACCACCGAAGGAAUGUAAACCAAAACAUAAAUUUUGGGUACAUAUCACCUGCAGAAUACAAGUAACAACCGCGAAUGAUCUCGGAAAUCCAGGAGAAAUCAGAAAGGACUUAGAAGAAGAAAUACGAUGGGAUGCAAUUUAUUAA